AUGUCACAGAUGAAAUCUAAGGGUUCACCAUCUCUUCAAUCGAUAAAAUCGUUACCGGUGGACUUAAGUUUUGUGGGUUCACCAGGAAAUGAAAGGAUGAUGGCAUCUGAAAAUACAUUCGGAAAUGGUGCACCAUUGACUGAGGCUGAGGAGGGCUAUGCUAAUGGCAAUGAUAAUGUUUAUCGGAAUAAUGAAUCGCCCUAUAGUAGGUGGACCGACGGUAGACCUUCUGUGGGCGAUGAUGUUGAGGAUUUGAAGGCCGUGAGUUCAUUCGAGUCGUAUGGGCAGUCGCCUGUUGAUUCUAAGUGGAGCGACACCACACCAUAUGUGGCCAAGAAGAAGCUUACAUCAUGGUUUCAACUUCCUGAUGGUAACUGGGAGCUGGGUACGAUCCUUCCAACUUCUGGGAAUGAAACAUUGAUAUCAAUUGCCGAGGGAAAAGUCUUAACAGUGAAUUCAAAAAAUCUGGUGCCGGCAAAUCCUGAUAUACUUGAUGGUGUUGAUGAUCUUAUGCAACUAAGUUAUUUAAAUGAACCAUCAGUAUUGUACAAUCUCCAGUAUAGAUAUAAUCGAGAUAUAAUUUAUACUAAAGCAGGUCCAGUUCUGGUUGCCGUUAAUCCCUUUAAGAAAGUUCCUUUAUAUGGAAACGACUACAUUGAAGCGUAUAAGCGUAAAUCUGUUGAGAGCCCACAUGUAUAUGCCAUCACAGAUACAGCCAUGCGGGAAAUGAUUCGAGAUGAAGUAAAUCAAUCUAUAAUUAUAAGUGGGGAAAGUGGAGCGGGCAAAACAGAAACAGCAAAGAUAGCAAUGCAAUAUUUGGCUGCACUAGGAGGUGGUAGUGGAAUUGAGUAUGAGAUAUUAAAAACAAAUCCAAUUUUGGAAGCCUUUGGCAAUGCUAAAACAUUGAGAAAUAACAAUUCAAGUCGAUUUGGAAAGUUGAUUGAAAUUCACUUCAGUGAAACUGGAAAACUAUCAGGUGCCGAGAUACAAACUUCUGUUUUGAUGCAGUCCAGAGUGGUUCAGCAAUCAGAGGGAGAAAGGUCAUAUCAUAUAUUUUAUCAGCUAUGUGCUGGAGCUCCACCGAUUCUUAGAGAAAAAUUGAACUUGAAUAAUGCAAAUGAGUUCAAUUAUUUGAGGCAAAGCAAUUGCUAUUCAAUUUCUGGGGUUGAUGAUGCUGAACAAUUUCAUGUUGUAAUGGAAGCUAUGGAUAUCGUUCAUGUGAGUAAAGAGGACCAAGAGAGUGUAUUUGCAAUGCUUGCUGCAGUACUGUGGCUGGGGAAUGUCUCUUUUACGGUGGUUGAUAGUGAAAACCAUGUUGAACCUGUUGUGGAUGAAGGUCUAACCAAUGUUGCUAGAUUAAUUGGGUGUGAAGUUGAGGAACUAAAGCUAGCAUUAUCAACCCGAAACAUGAUUAUAAGAAAUGAGAAUAUUGUUCAAAAGCUUACUCAAUCUCAGGCCAUUGAUACAAGAGAUGCACUGGCAAAAUCAAUUUAUUCUUGUUUGUUUGACUGGCUCGUUGAACAAAUCAACAAAUCCCUAGCAGUUGGUAAACGACGCACAGGAAGGUCUAUCAGCAUUCUGGAUAUCUAUGGAUUUGAAUCGUUUGAGAGGAAUAGUUUUGAGCAGUUCUGCAUCAAUUAUGCCAAUGAAAGAUUACAGCAACACUUCAACCGUCACUUGUUCAAAUUGGAGCAAGAGGAAUACAUUUAUAAUGGCAUUGACUGGACUAAAGUAGAUUUUGAAGACAAUCAAGAUUGUCUAAAUCUUUUCGAGAAGAAACCGCUGGGUUUAUUAUCCUUGUUAGAUGAGGAGUCAACCUUUCCGAAUGGCACAGAUAUGACUUUUGCCAAUAAGCUUAAGCAACAUUUGAAUUCGAACACUUGUUUUAAAGGAGAAAGAGGGAAAGCAUUUAUGGUGUCCCAUUAUGCAGGGCAGGUUGUCUAUGAUACAACUGGGUUUCUCGAGAAGAAUCGGGAUUUGCUUCACUUGGAUUCCAUUCAACUUCUAUCCUCUUGCACAUGCCACCUUCCUAAGGCUUUUGCAUCCAGCUUGCUUGCCCAAUCUGAGAAGCCUGUAAUAGGUGCGCUCUAUAAGUCAGGUGGAGCAGAUUCACAAAAAUUAAGUGUUGCGACAAAAUUCAAGGGCCAAUUAUUUCAGUUAAUGCAACGCCUUGAGAAAACAACGCCACAUUUCAUACGUUGUAUAAAACCCAAUGACGUCCAGUCUCCUGGAAUCUACAAUCAAGGAUUGGUGUUGCAGCAAUUGCGGUGUUGUGGGGUCUUAGAAGUUGUUCGAAUAUCAAGAUCUGGAUUUCCUACCAAAAUGUCUCAUCAAAAGUUUGCGAGAAGGUACGGUUUUCUUCUACUGGACCAUGUUGCAUCACAGGAUCCACUUAGAGUUUCAGUAGCAAUUCUUCAUCAGUUCAAUAUUCUACCUGAUAUGUAUCAAGUUGGCUACACCAAGUUGUUUUUUCGAACUGGACAGAUUGGGAUACUUGAAGACACUAGAAAUCGUACUCUUCAUGGCAUCUUACGUGUUCAAAGCUGCUUCAGAGGUCAUCAAGUUCGCCACUAUGUCAAGGAUUUGAGGAGAGGCAUUGCGACUCUUCAGUCAUUUGUUCGGGGUGAAAAAACUAGAAAAGAGUAUGCGGUCUUAUUAGAGAGGCAUAGAGCAGCAAUAUCUAUUCAAAAGCAAAUAAAAUGCAGAAUUAGCAAGAAAAGGUUCAAUAACAUUUAUGAUGCAUCAGUUCUAAUUCAAUCAGUUAUCCGUGGCUGGAUGGUCCGAAGGUGCUCUGGAGACAUAGGAUUUCUGCAGUUUGGAGGCAAAAAGGGUGCGGAGCAGGAAGAGGUGCUGGUGAAGUCGUCAUUCCUUGCCGAAAUGCAACGCCGAGUUCUUAGGGCUGAAGCUGCACUGAGAGAGAAGGAAGAGGAAAACGAUGUCCUUCACCAACGACUUCAACAAUACGAGAACCGAUGGUCAGAAUAUGAGCUGAAAAUGAAAUCCAUGGAAGAGGUCUGGCAGAAACAAAUGAGAUCACUCCAGUCGAGCCUUUCCAUUGCAAAGAGAAGUCUGGCUUUUGAUGAUUCACGUAGAAAUUCUGACGCAUCAACCAAUGCAAUCGAGGACAGUGAGUCGAGCUAUGAUAGAGGGAGCAACUUUAGGGCUCAAGAGAGCAGUGGAGUGAGACGAAUGAAUGCUGGUCUAAGUGUCAUUAGUCGAUUGGCUGAAGAGUUCGAGCAGAGGAGUCAAAUAUUUGGAGACGAUGCCAAGUUCUUGGUUGAAGCAAAAUCAGGUCAGGUCGAUGCAAACUUGGAUCCGGAGCGGGAGCUUAGAAGAUUGAGACAGAUGUUUGAAGUUUGGAAAAAAGACUAUGUUGAUAUGCUGGUUCCCAAGUAA